GUGUGCGACACGCAGGGGAAGAGUCGUUUAUGUAUUGCUUUUCGCCAUUAAACGCUGGAAGGAGGAAGGGGUGGUUUGCUUUAAAAGUGUGGUCGGGGGAUAAGCAGAGAGACAUUGAGUUACAGCGUGUCCCUAUGGAAGAAAGGUUUGGCCUGCAAGGGGGUUAGAGAAAGGUUCCCUGCUGAACUACAGUUACAAGCAGGAGAUUUUUCCGGCGUUCCUUCUUCAGUUCUAUUCUUAUAAGUUGCUUGUUGUUCUUCCGUUGCAAUAUUAUGAAGCCACCAUUGAGGCAGCGUUCAGCUCCUGCUCCCUGUGACCUGGGCUUCGUAAACCGGGUUUGGACAGAUCGAGAAAAACGACGCCUUCUCCAGGGCUUGAGAGCUCAAGCUCGGGUUCCGGGACCACUACGACCAGAACUGCUGAAAAAGUAUCUGCCUUGGAGAGAAGAAGCCGAGAUUGUGGAAUUUGUGGACCUGCUAAAAGAGCGUGUGGCAAGGGAAGCAGUCAAGGCACAGUACCGGUAUCGCCAGUGUAAACAGAAGGAUGCUCCACUUCCAGCACCUAUUGAGGUAUGGACUGAAUUAGCUGAGAAAUUGACAGGUCAUCUUGAAGAUGCUGUGACAGCUGCUUUUUCCCAGGUUUUGACAAUUGCAUCUGCUGAACCACUCUCUCUGCUCCAUUCUUUGCCCCCGAAGCCAGUAGAGGUGAAAAACAGCCGGUGUUCAUCACCAACUCUUCAAAGCAAAAAUAGGAAAUCAAGUGAAGAAUCCCAGGAAGCACAGAUAUCAUCAAAUGCAGAAAAACCAAGCUCUGUAGAAAAUAAUGGAUUUCAUGUGGACUUUGAAAAGAUUUACAAAUACCUCUCGGUGAUCUCACGUGGACUUAAAGCACCAGAACUUCCGCCAGGUGAAUCGGCCGUGCUUCUAGACUUGUUACUGUCACUACCAGAAGAGCUGGGCUAUCUAGACUUUAAACAACUCAAGAGCCAUAUGAACAAACGCUAUAGGGAGUUACGUGCCCGCUACACAAGUGAGAAGAGCAGAACACAAGCAGAAGCUAGCCAGCCUGAAAAUAGCAAAGAGCUACAGGAUACAUGUCUCCACAUGGACCCAGCCACCAGCUGUCUUCAGCAGCAGGAAGGUGGUAGUUCUGUUGCCUGUUCCAAAGACGAGGCCACAGCCCCAUCAGCUGUAGACUGGAAGACUUUGGGUAUAUGUCCUUUGAAUUCAUUCACAUUCCCCUUGGAUAUUUUGACAAGGAAGAAAGAGGGGUUGGACUGAGCCAACUGGAAUCUAUUGCUGCCAUAUGCUUGCAGUGAACAUUAUAUUUCAGAACAUUCGAGAGACUGUAUCUCAGAUUAAGAAAGGUUUUAAAUAGUUGUAGUGGCAAGGCACCAUAGCUCUCAUAGCAACUGUGUUGUGCUUAUGUAGCUUGACCUGCUCUUUACACCCUAAUUUCAGGGUGUAAAGAGCAGGUCUUUAAUAAUUGUAAUGGUUCUUCAAUAAUUUUGAGAAU